AUGGAUUUCGCGAGGAUGCUUGUGGUCGUAGAAAGGUACACUAUGGCGCGAAAUGAGAGAGUAAACGAAGAAUACUACUUUAAGAUACUAUUAGGGUGUCCGGAAAGCUUUGAAAAACUUUUGCCUCUCAAUUUCGGAAGAAUGUGGCCUGCCAACGCGCUAGGCAAGAACUAUAGAUUCGAUCGCAGGGGAAAGGGCAUUGCUGAUAGAUCAAUUCUAUAG